AUGGAAGGCCUGUCUGCCGCCGCGAGCAGUAUCGCCGUGGUGUCUCUUGCCGUUCAGCUGGCUGACAGCGUCAAGAAGCUAUGUGACUUUUGGGAAUCCAUCAAAGAAGCGCCAUCAGACAUGAAGGAAAUCUCUACAGACUUGGAACUGCUGUCGGGCGUUCUUACCGACAUAGCUUACGAGGCACAACACGUGGGGCCUAACGCGACGCUCUUAGCCUCCUUGGAUGCUUGUUCUUUCAAGGUCAAAAGACUCGUCACACUCCUCGACGAGAUUGAACCGGGUUUCGCUUCAACGAGCUCGCGUGUUCGCAAAUGGACCGCUUUCAAGGCCGUAUUGAAGUCUGGGAAAUUGACGAAAUUUCAGGAAGCCUUAGAGAGGUUGAAAGGCACCUUGUUGCUAGUGCAACAGAAUCAGAACAGUACGGCCCUCCCUAUUUCGAGAUUGGGGGAAGAGGAAAUUACGAACCUCGACACUAAAAGGGACGCUGUUGGUACUGCUGGAGAUGCUGCCAUUGUUGACCACGACGAGCUCCCGCCCAAACCUAAAUUGGAAGAAGACCCUGGUGAAAACCGUACGACGAUGGCAACUCGACCUACUUGCAGAUAUUUCAGAGACGAAGUGGUCUGUAUGGACUGUUGGAUUUACUAUGAACGGACUGGGACACGCUAUCAACCAAGCAACGACGAGAACUCGUCGGAGAACGAGUCCUCUUCCUCCCAAGGCGACUCUUCAGAAGAUGAGUUUUCUCCAUUCCAUAUCCAUUUUUAG